AUGUAUCAAACAUUGAUUAUCAAUCGGUGUGAGCAGCAGCAGCAGCAAACGAAAAGUUCUCGAAGAGUAGUUUCGUUAGCCAGAAUCAAAUCCAGGAAAAUGAAGCUACAGUUAUCCCUGGGCCUAAUGGCCUCCACUCUCUUGCUUUUGGCUGGUUGCGGAAUGGCCGAGAAACGUGAUAUUCUCCGCACCUCAUCUCUGCCGAUGGUUAGACGUCUGAGAGCAAACGAUGCUGUGGUAGCUGGCGAUGGUGUGCAAAUCGCUGAUCAAAAGCUUGUUAAGGAACAGGACGCUUCAUCGGCAAGUGCUACUGCUGGCAGUACGAGUACAGGCAACAAGGAUGCAUCCAGUGGCCGCUUGUUCCUCAAGAAAUUCCUUAUGUUUAAGAAUAUGUUCAGCAGCAGCAGCCAGCCGGUGAUACCGAUUAUCAUAACUGGAGCUGGUACUGGUACUACCACCGGCACCUCACCAACAGUUACACUCACUUCAACGGGAACAAUACCUUCGGCCACGGGCACCAUAACCACCUCUCCCACCGCCACUUCACCCACCACCACUUCACCCACCACCUCAGCCAGGCGACGAUUCAAUGAGGAUGGUGAGCAAAUACCAAUUGUCUAUGGUCAAAAUGUGGACAAUAAUGGCGCCAAUGAGGAUGCGGAUGCCGCUGCCGAUGAAGCCAGUCAGGAUGAUGAGGAUGACGCUCCAAUUGGUGCUGACAAUGGCUAUGCAGCCAUGGCUGCCAUCAAUCCUGAACUGCUCGAUGAACAGGCAUUGCAAGCGGCAUUGGCUGCCGGUGCUCAGGAGUAUGAGGUGGUCACAAAUGAGCCAGUUCAAGGCACUGCCGGCGCCACCGAGAGCAAGGCCACCCAAAACAAUAACCGCAUCAAUUUGCGCCGCAAGAGCAAUCGUCGUGGCCAGUCUGGACAGGUGAUCAGUGUCCGUAUUCCACCACGCUAUCGUCGCUAUUUCAAGAACGGUCAGAAAGUGAUGCUCAAUACCAAUAGUCGUCCCAAUAAGCGUCGCGUCAUCCGCAAGCGUGUCCAGCCGAACAGGAACAACAGGAACAAAAACAAGAGGCUUCAGCAGCGUCGUCGUCGUGUAGGCAACAACAAAAACAAGAACAAGAAGAAUAAGAACAAGAACAAGGGUAACAAACGUACCCGCAUCCAAGCCAUCUAA